CGACCUGCCACUUGCAACCACCUUUUACUAACCCGACAACACAGCACAGCAUCUUCAAUUCGACAACGGUCUCUCACAACUAAUCGACAAAGAACUGGGUGAUUGAUCGUCAAGAUGGCUGACUCCGACUCCCCCGUCACCCUGCGAACUCGCAAGUUCAUCCGCAACCCUCUUUUGGGUCGCAAGCAGAUGGUCGUUGACAUUCUGCACCCUGGCCGCGCCAACAUCUCAAAGGACCAGCUCCGUGAGAAGAUCUCCGCCCUGUACAAGGCUCAGAAGGAACAGAUCUCUGUCUUCGGUCUCCGCACUCAGUUCGGUGGUGGCAAGACCACUGGCUUCGCACUCGUCUACGAUUCUCCCGAGGCCAUGAAGAAGUUUGAGCCCCUCUAUAGACUUGUCAGAGUUGGUCUCGGCACCAAGCCCGAGCGCGCUUCGAGACAGCAACGUAUGCUAUCUUUCCACCUCUGGUCUCUUCCCUGGACUGCCCCUUCUGACCUGAUUCUCUCCCUCCACAGGCAAGCAGCGCAAGAACCGACAAAAGACCCUGCGUGGUACGGCCAAGGUCAAGGGCGCCAAGGCCAAGAAGGAGAAAUAAACGGAUCGCUUUUUUUCGAACAAGGAAAAGGUGUUUGGUCAUUUCGCGGACUGGGUUUGGCUCUCGGCAUUGUAUUUGGCUGGCAUCUGUGCAUUACAUGGUGGUGGUUCCAAGCAACGGGCAUGGACGUGAACACCACUCGGUCCGUACAUACACUGGUCUCCGGUUUUCUCAAUUUGCAGCUGGUAGACUCGGUUUCACAUGAGGCGUUUCGGAAUGAAUUCGAUGAUUUCCUGCCAUUUCUCGAUAGCAUAUAUGCCAGAAAUGUAUGUUCCCAUGGUCAACUCGCUUGAGCUUUCCAAACUCCUGAUACAUGGAUACGUGCCAGGACGUGGAGAUGGGUUGUUGAUUGACUCGUCAUAUGCGUCCAUGGUUUUGCGCUUCCGGCAACAAGUCGAUGAGAGUAAGGCAUAAUAUUAUCUUUCGUGCGUUCUGUAAGCCUUCAUGUCACCCAAAAAGGCAUUUCUCUCUGCUUCCACAGGCAUUCAUCUAAGGAUAUCCUCAACGACAGGUUCAUCUUGUUAUUCGCUACCGCAGCUAUUCAAAACCGAGG